UGUGAGAGAGAGAUUGAUCUGAGUGGAUAAAAGGUACUUGUUUUUAUCUUCUUCAUGUCCUAGAAAAACUGUUUAAUUUUUCAUCGAAUGCACCUAUGUUACACUGCAUUGUGGAAUGAAAUGAGUAUUAAACUUCUGGCAUUUUAUGUAAUGAUUUAUAAAAAAGUGAUAUAUUUAACUUGCCUGCUGAACCAAAUUGGAUCAUUCCACAUUCAGUGUGUGCUAAUGUUUUCCCUGAGCUACUGAGCUUAGCGCUGUGUUUUACUGUAGUCAGGUCAGCGACAGUGGUCUUUGUCUUUUGUUUUCAAACUUUGGAUUGCUGCAAUAGCACACAAGGUGGAAUCCAAACAUGAAUUAGUUUGUUAAAGACACAGUUAACGUUGAUCUCACAUAGUUGCACACAGUUCUUCUAUUAUGUUUGCAUCGUUGAAAAAUGUAAUCAGUUUGAAUUCUAGGCUACCUGUUGCCGGUGUAAAUAGUUAUCAUGUAGCCCUAUUGCAUUACAGUUGGACACUCUAUAUCAUAAGUGCAGUAUGUCAUAUUGUGGCAACAACUAUUACUAGGCAGCUGAGCUGGCUCAAACAAGCCAUUCAAACAUGACUCACGGUUCUCCAUGAGCAGAUCGACUUCCGACAAAGCAUCUCAUAACAGUUAUUGAAAUCCCCAUGACCACUGAGCUCAAGUGGUCGAUCUCUUCAUCCUCCUCCGUGCAUAGAAAGCAAUGGUUUUCAUACUUCAUGAAGCUGUGCGUACAGUAUGGGCAUAGUGUGUGGGUGGGUAAUGGUGACUAAUCCAAUUUGUAGUCUUAUUCUGGAUCCCUAGUUGUCACUGAGCCCUUAAUCUCUGUGGAGAGAGAGAGAGACUCUCACAAACUAAUCCCAAGCUUGUGUCUGUCCGCUGAUCCUUGUGGCAAUAGUUUUUUAUCUUUCUAUGAAUGAACAUGGGUUGUAAACACAAGAUGACCCUUAAUCAUCCUCAUCUACACCCUUAGAAAACCUGUCUGUAAAGCCCUGAUUUAAAAAUAAAAUAGCUUUUGGAUAUUGGCUGCUGACAGUGAGACGGUGAAGGGCUGGACUCAUGUUGUUGACUUGACACUGUUGUGCUCAGCUACUCCUGAUCCUCCUCAGUCAUUCACUCACUCCAGAGGCUUGGCUUGUUUGUUGCCGGGAGUUACGCUUGUUGCUGAGCACAAUGUCGGAGCACAUGCAGCUGUCCCUUGCCUUGUGCAGGAUUGGGCUUUACUCGUGUUUCCGGGCACUGUGCUGUAAAGGACCCCCACCACCAAGACCAGAGUAUGAUGUGGUGUGCAUUGGCCUGACAGGUGCUGGAAAGACCAGCCUGCUCUCACGCCUCUGUAGUGAGGGCAGCGACGGCAUCGUACCUACAACAGGUUUCAGCAUCAAAGCAGUGCCAUUUCCAAAUGCCAUCUUGAAUGUAAAAGAACUUGGAGGAGCUGAUAACAUCAAGAAAUACUGGAGUCGUUACUACCAAGGGUCACAGGGUGUAGUCUUUGUGUUGGACAGCGCUUCGUCAGAUGAGGACCUUGAGGCAGCACGUAAUGAGCUCCACUCAGCCCUGCAGCAUCCACAGCUAUGCACACUGCCUUUCCUCAUCCUUGCGAACCACCAAGACAAGCCUGCUGCCAGGACGCCAAGCCAGACAAGCGGGUUUAAAAAGUCAACUGCGUAUUGAGCCGUCUAGACUGAAGCCAGUCAGCAACCAACCCUCCCCACCCCCAGCUCCCCUCCCCAACCCCCGACUUGUGAGUUGCUGGCUACAGUGGAAAAACGGAUGAGGAGCAGGUGACCUUGCUGGGCUCUGUCCCUCAUUUCUAGCCAAGUACAAAACUGCUCUAUGGCCACAUUAUAUAAACAUAUUGACCGCAAUGUGACAAUGCACUGAAAGCCAAGCUCAAGUUGUCAGUGGACAUGCUGACAGCGUGAAAGAGGUGAAAUAUUCACUGAAAUAAUGCGUAAUAAUAAUGUUAACAGUUGUAACAGUGACUGAUGUAUGUACCAUUAUGUUUUGUGCUAACUCCUCUUCUAAAUAUACAAAAUUAUUUUCACCUCAAAUAUAAAUUGUAUUACACUAUUAUACUGCUUACAUGUAAACAGAGGCAAAUCACUCACUUUCCUCUUUUACUUUACAAGGUGUUAGCUCUUUUAAAUGAGAGCACACUGUUCAGAUAAAAUACCAAUGCCAGGGAACUUUCCACUUUAUCUCCUGUUACUCUUUUGAUGUUUGGUUUCGAGUAAUUUUUAACUUCCUGUUUUAGACAUCAGUAGCCACUAAUUUAUUUAAUGCAUGCUGGUCAUAAUUUUGGUUCAUGUUAUUUUACAGCGUAAAAGCCAAGAUUUCAUUUGAAAAUCCUGACAGUCAUUUGAAAAGUACAGAUUUUGGCAUUUUAAAGCUCUUAUGUUUUAUUAGCACUGAGAAAAACACAUUAUUCUUGCCAGUGUAUUAUUUUCCUCCUUUUUGUUGAUGAGGUGUACUGUAUAGCACCCCAAAGUGUGACAUUCCAUGUAAAACAGCGCAUGUUUUUUAAGAGGUGUCUACUGCCAGCCAGUGGUUCCACCAUGUGCAGUAAGAUGUCUGUAUCCUCCCAUGUAAAAUACAGCACUGACAGCUUAAUUUUCCAACAGAACAUAAAACUAAUACAAUUAAGCUGUCUUUAAAUGCCAGAGUCUGCCUUUCGAUCUUGCAUUACCUUGUCAUUGCUCAUCAUUGUGUCAUUUAAUCAUUUAAUAAUGUAACUUAAUGCGGAGAUGUUUGAAAGCAGCCCAACAAAUCCUGUCAGGUUUGUAGUCCUUGAUGAUUUCACCUCAGGGCGAGUGAUGCUACUGGUGUCAUUUGUAUUUCUGCCCGGUGUGAACUUGAGAAACUUGUUGAAGCUUACCCAUAGCUUCCCAUCCCACAAAGUUUGUGAUCUCUGUGAAGCGCUUUUGGUUGUUAACAUGUAGGACAAUAGAAAACCUCAGUGGUGGCUGGAGAGUGAACAACACCUUUGCAUCUUGCAUGUGGAACAAAGUUCCUAUCUGGUUGUCGUAUCCCCUUACAGUUUGUGGAAGGAAAAGAAGUACGAGAAAGAUUCUUUUUUCUACUGAUGGUGAAUGGAAAGUUUCUCAACUGUCACUCAGUUAUUACUUUUUAAAACGGGACAGUGUCAGAGUGUGGGGCAACAAAUUUGCCGGAGAAGCUGUAAACUUAUAUUUCCAUGCAAUGCUGCUAGGUGGCCUCAUGUCUGACUACACUUCUAAGACAGAGCUGAGUCCAGAUGUUUUUGCUAGUAAAUAUACCUGACUCUUUCAUGGACUGCAGACCCUCUGUGUCAGGAGAAAUCGCACAGACAUGUACACAGUACUUCAUCCAUCCUACCUUAUGAGGGGAGGGUUGGAAAACCAGUCAAGCAGCACAUAUUGAUUACCCUCUACAGAGUGUGCGAAAGACAUUCAAAGUGGAAUAUAUGAAGCGCCUUAGAAACUUCUCAUUACUUUGAUGGUUUAUCUCUCUUACAUCUUUGUCUAUCCCUCUAGUACAGCCCUCCCGCCCACCUUCAUCUCCACUUUCUUUCCUUUUCCCACCCAUACUGGCUUUUUCAUCCUGUCAUCUCUGGGCUGGUGGUCUGUCCCUGUGGGAGGUUAAGGGGCACACUGGGUGAGAGGGCAGUCGGCAGGUUGUGCGGGCACCGUGUUCGCCUUUUCCCACAGCCAGCGUCAAAUGCUGCUGAACCUUGACCCCAGUGGGUCCUUCCUCUCAAAAUCAGUGUGGAAGGCAAUUCAGCCAGCCAGACCCUAUUCAGGACUGGACUUUCCAUUGGAGGAGAAAAGAAUCUCCCCCAUCCCAAUUGUGGUCCGUGCCCUCCCCUUUGUCUGCUGGUCAAGCAGGGCCGGACGACCGGCCGCCACUAGCAGGACAAGACUUCCGAAAAGCCUAUUCAGCAUGUGAUUUGACCCCCAGGUUCCAUUGCUGACUCACAGGGAUCAAACGCUGGGAAUCUCUGGGGGUUCUCUUCCAUGGAAUUUUUCACCCAUUGAAAUUUACCCUUUUAACAAAGCUCAAAAUGACUAAUGAUUUAAGUUUCCUUGAUGGCAUAGUAAUGUUUAAGAAAUGUGAAGUUUAGUCCAGGCACUGCAGAAGUGGGCAGGGAAGACUUGUUUUAGUCUCUUUUCUACCUCAAGUGUCAUUGGGUUUAUGCAGAAUUAACUGAAAAAGAAGGAGCACAUGUGAUGGCUUUCACCCUUGACAGUUAUAGUAUGAAAAUGUUUAUCAGUGCUGUGACUGUCUUUGGUUGGGCUGGGCCACUAAAAUUGGCUGUACACUCCUGAUUUCCUGGUAGUGAUUAAAACCAGUCAGAAGCAGUUCUCUAACAAAGGGAAUUAAUGAUGCAAAAAAUAAACUCAUUUCCUGAAGCACAUCACAUGUUAUUUUUGAUGCUGAUCCGAGGGAUCAGAAUAACUAAUAUGCGUGUAGAAAGAGACCCCAUCGAUGAGCGAAUUUAACACAUUUCAGAUUUGUAGAGUGAUGGUACACCAUGGUUAGUUAAAGUUAGAGACAAACUUGAAACAGCUGGAAAAGGUGCUGGGAGAAUGUGUGUGUGUGUGUGUGUUUUGGACAGACUGUGGUUUCAUCACGUUCUUUAUUUUAUGGUUACUUUCUUUGAUUUAUGAUUUGUUUUUUGUCUUCUUUUGUUUUGUGUGCUCUGAUGCCAUUUACUGUAAGAAAUAUCUCUGUGGCUAAUUUACAGAACACACAGAAAUAUGUAGAUAUGCACAGACACAUUGUGCAAAGGAAACAAUGUGAAGAUGUGGUCAUGAUUACAAAUAGAAAAAGGUAUGCAAGAUAAAAAAAGGUAAGAAAACCCAGAAACCUUGAAACCUUCAAAUAUGAUGGCCCCAUGCCAUAUGAGAGAGUGUGUGUCUCUGUCUUUGUGAGAGAGAGUGAAUGCAUGUGCAGACUCCAACCUGAUGCAUGGUUUAAAUCUUUUGCAGAAGGGGAGCACUUUGAUUGUAAUGCCGCGUGCUGUGUACCAAAGUGGGGGCCUGCUGCAGCUUUCAAGCUGGUCAACUGUCAGGAGUGGAGCGUGAAAGGGGGGCCCCAGAGAGAAAGGAGUGCUGGGUCCCACUAGGGGGGUCCUGGAGGAGGAGGGGUGGCUUGUAACGGACCUCCUGGGCUUUGAGGGCCCUCUGUGUGGGCUGCUACAGCAAGGCGGCCCUCUUCACAAGAAUAAGAGAGGGAGGGCGGCGGGCUCAAGGGAAGGUGCUGGUGCACUGGCCCCUGCAGCAGGGAGCAUGGGCAGGGCGCCAGCUCACCCGUUCAAGUCCCAGAGACCAGAUGUUCCUUGUCAAGGAGCUCUUGGCCUUUAAUAAAUUGAGUUACUGUAAAUCUGUAAUAAGGCAAGGCAAACAUGGGUACCUCACCUCCCCCACUGCACUCAUAUCCCAGAUAUUGUGCUCUCACAUACAUUUCUUAGUGUCCUACAGGCCAACCCCUGGUAAAAGGGCCAUGUCCCAGCCACUGAACCUGCCAGUUACUUUCCAGCCUACACAUGAAGACGGAUGUUUUUCUUCACCUUUGCCCUCAUCCUGCACACCAGCUAUCGAAAAUGUCAUUCAUGCUUCUAGACUGUAACAUCACCAGGUUGACCUUUGUUCUUUGACCUCUUUCAUGGACCUGACCCAAAGGAAAAUUUAUUUUGGGAUGUUAUGGUCGAACGGAAAUUCUUGACCAUUGGUUUAAUAAUCCUUUUUUUGGCAAAUGUGCAUAUCAUGUUUGCCUGUUUUAUGUGUCCUGUUCUGAGGGUCCAGUAGUUGCUCUUCUGUUCUUACACUGUUUUGUUAACUGAUCUAGGUUUGAUACCAGCUUCUUCAGAAAUUAUUAAUUUGGAAAGCAGAAAUUCAUAAAAUCAUAAUUUAUCGUCAUCACAGUAUGAUGCUGCUGAAAGUGGAUAAACACUGAAUUAUCAACAAACCUUAACCCUUAGUGUGUUUAGGUAUGUUUGAAUGUGUGUUCUGCAAACACACACUAC